CACGUGUCUGUACGCAUUCACACGACACAGCUCCUGGAAUCAUGGCGGACGGUCACAGCAACAACAAUCAUGUCCCUGUUUUGCUUUCAUUUUCGGCGUUUUCGCGGCCGUCCUCUGUGCCUGUUGGUUCUGGAUAUGAAGUGCUCAUUCAAAAGUUUUUGUCAAUCUACGGACGCCAGAUUGACCUCCAUCGUAAAUUCAUGAUUCAAUUGUAUUCGGACGACUGGGCACAGUACAUUGAUUUGCCGAAAGGAUUCAUCAUAUCUGAGAAAUGCAAGCUACGAUUUGUGCCUUUGGAAACGGAUGUGACAGUACUGGGGAACCUGAUCCCUGCCACCACGGUUUUCUUCUGCUGUGACAUGCAGGAAAGAUUCCGCCCAGCUAUCAAGUACUUCGGUGACAUCAUCAGUGUGGGACAGAGACUGCUUCAGGGGGCUCGUAUCCUGGGUAUUCCCGUCAUCGUGUCGGAGCAGUACCCCAAAGGCCUGGGUUGCACGGUGCAGGAGAUGGACCUUACUGGAGCCAGGCUGGUGUUCCCUAAGACCAAGUUCUCCAUGGUGCUGCCUGAGGCUGAGGCAGCCCUGGCCGACCUGCCGGGGGUCCGCAGCGUGGUGCUGUUCGGGGUGGAGACCCAUGUGUGCAUCCAGCAGACAGCCCUAGACCUGCUAGCGAGGGGUUUCGAGGUGCACAUGGUGGCAGACUCCACCUCAUCCCGUAGCAUGAUGGACAGAAUGUUUGCACUGGAGCGAAUGGCUCGCACCGGGAUCAUUGUCACCACCAGUGAGUCUGUCCUCCUCCAGCUGGUAGGCGACAAGGAGCACCCGAAAUUCAAGGAGAUCCAGAAUAUCAUCAAGGCCAGCGCCCCCGAGUCUGGCUUGCUUUCUAAGGUCUAGACUAGGCCACACAUGGUCAAAAAGGAAAAGGUAGAAUGUGUCCUUAUCCACUUAUCCCAGAUACAGCUCGGGGCGGCAGGGUAGCCUAGUGGUUAGAGCGUUGGACUAGUAACCGAAAGGUUGCAAGUUCGAAUCCCCGAGCUGACAAAGUACAAAUCUGUCGUUCUGCCCCUGAACAGGCAGGUAACCCACUGUUCCUAGGCCGUCAUUGAAAAUAAGAAUUUGUUCUUAACUGACUUGCCUAGGAAAAUAAAGGUAAAAUAAAUAAAAAUAAAAGAUAUGGGUUUAUAUUCUUGUAGUGGCUAAGGAUAGAAUGUUUAGGUGUAGAGUAGCCUGAUCCUAGAUCUGUGGUUAAAUUAGUAUGUCAUGGUUAAGGUUAGGAUUGAAGGGUAGGGAUAUCUGUGGUUAGGGACAACUUCUACCAUCAAGCAGUGGCAGAGAACCAAGAGGAAUCGAGAGGUUUAAAGUGGCAAUCUGCAGUUGCUUAAUAUAUUUUUGGAGUUAUAAUUUAAUUAUAUGUACCCAUUGAUUCUUGAAGAAUAUAACUUGGAAAUGCCUCAUGACCUUAGUUCAGCUGUCACAGUCCAUGAGAACCCAAAAUAUAACCGUAUUUUAUUCCAAUGUUUGUAAACAACAAUAUAUAUAUUGCAUCCAUAGCUCUGUCUAUGGAUUUGAGUGCUUACAUUUCACCAGCCCCUCCCUUAUCUUUUUUUUCUGCUGAUUUGAUGCUUUAAGGUGAAUUGGGGGAUGGACCAGUUUUCUUUCAGUCCUGGUCUGGGAAGGGGAUGGACCAGUUUUCUUUCAGUCCUGGUCUGGGAAGGGGAUGGACCAGUUUUCUUUCAGUCCUGGUCUGGGAAGGGGAUGGACCAGUUUUCUUUCAGUCCUGGUCUGGGAAGGGGAUGGGCCAGUUUUCUUUCGGUCCUGGUAUGGGAAGGGGAUGUGCCAGUUUUCUUUCGGUCCUGGUCUGGGAAGGGGAUGGGCCAGUUUUCUUUCGGUCCUGGUCUGGGAAGGGGAUGGGCCAGUUUUCUUUCCGUCCUGGUCUGGGAAGGGGAUGGACCAGUUUUCUUUCCGUCCUGGUCUGGGGAGGGGAUGGGCCAGUUUUCUUUCGGUCCUGGUCUGGGAAGGGGAUGGGCCAGUUUUCUUUCCAUCCUGGUCUGGGAAGCUCAUUGCGUAUGCAGCAUUUCACUCCAGCUGGAGUAAAUAUUGUGAAAAUCCAACCUUGUUGUCAGAAAGGACUUGUCUGGAACUGGAAGUGCUCAUUGAGGUGAUGUCGUAGGACCACUACAUUUCCACUGACCAGUUUCAUGUGGGUUUGAUAAACACCGGGUCUCAGACUAGGUUUGGGAAACCUUGGCUGGGCUUAUUUGUGUACCAAUGAUAUUUAUGCACUGAUCUUUCCAGCCUGCCCGAGCACAUGGGUGAUUAAGUGCUUGCUUCAUGUGACUGGUAUGUUGUAUGUGAGUCAGGGUAUGAUGUAGAAAAAUGAAUAAAUAUGAUAUAUUUCCUAAUGUAUAA